UAUUCCGAUUGUAUGUGUAAACAAUGAGUGAGAGAUUUGUAAAAAUGAGAAACAAAGAAGGGUAAAAAGGAGAAACACAGCAUAAGAAAAGUACUAAAUACUCUGAACGGUGCACUUGUCUUCCCUUGUCCGAAUGCUACUGUGGAUAUUUUUUCUCUAACAGAUCUGUGGAUUUUCUCAACACUCAACGCUUAAAAUGAUGAGAUCUUAGCCUGAGAAUAUUAUCAAAGAGAGAGAGAGAGAGAAUAAAGCUCGUGACCAAAAAUAAUCUGAAGAGAAUUCAUUUUUUCAUCCUCGCCGCCAUUGUUGUUCUACACUGAGCUUCGACAGUUGACACCUGUUAUCCAAAUCCAGCAAAGUCAUCACUGCAACAUACUCAGGCUUUUUUUUGGUCUAUCAUCAUAGCUCUACAACUGUUUCGCUUCAGACACAAAAGUAAGAAAGAGAGUGGUGAAUAGCUUAACUAGGGCUUUAGCUGGAGUCCAUUGUCUCUCACCGGCGACUAUAUCUUCUUCUCCGGUGGAUCCUUUGAGCUUUGAGCUAAACCUUCAAAGCAUGAGAGUAGCGUUUCAAUGGAGGUCGACGACGACAUUGACGAACAACAACAAACAAGCAGAAAGCUUCAGAGAAUCUCCUCAGACAACGACAAAAACGGAAUGAGAGACUGGAACAACCCAUCUUCACGAAUCAUUAGGGUUUCUCGAGCAUCCGGUGGCAAAGACCGACACAGCAAAGUCUUGACCUCAAAAGGGCUUAGAGACCGGAGGAUACGUCUCUCCGUCGCAACGGCAAUCCAGUUCUACGAUCUCCAAGACCGUCUUGGCUUCGACCAGCCCAGCAAAGCCGUUGAAUGGCUCAUCAACGCGGCUGCCGACUCCAUCUCCGAGUUGCCUCCGAUCAACACAAGUUUCGACCAGGCGCUCUCGCUGUCUAAAUCGGCUUGUAGCAGUGGCACAUCUGAGAGCUCGUUGCUGUCUUUGUCGAGGACAGAGAGUCGUGGUAAGGCGAGAGAGAGAGCUAGAGAGAGAACAGCCAAGGACAAAGACAAAGACUUGCAAAAUGCUCAAAGCUCCUUCACUCAGCUUCUCACCGGCGGUUUUGACGAACCGAACCGGAAUUGGAUCGGUGGUUCUUCUUCUGAUUGUUUCAACCCGGUUCAGCUCAUACCAAACUCCUCUUCCUCUUCUCUACAUCAUUACAACACCAACAAUCAUCGUCAAGAGACGUCGUUGAACCAUCAUUUAUCGUUUGUUCCGGAUUACAACUUUGGAAUCUCUUCUUCUGAUUCUCCCGCAGCAGCCGCCGUUAAUGGAGGCUGCUACACUAGUAGGGGGACCCUUCAGUCCAAUUCACACUCUCACUUUCUCAACAACAACAACGUUAAUCAAAGACCUAUCUCUUUCAUGGCUACACCUCCUCCUCUUGACCACCAUAACCACCAGCUUCCAGCAACUUUUGACGGCCGGUUAUAUCUCUAUUACGGUGAAGGAAACCGGAGCUCCGACGAUAAAGGAAAGGAUGGGAGAUAGUAAAGAAAAGUUUCAUUCAUUCCAUCUUGGGGAAGGAAUCGACGAAAGACGAUGUAUGUGCAGGCCGAACCUUUAUCUUUUGAUCUUCCAUCGCAAUCAUAAACCUGAGUGGAUGUGUAACCUGUUCACACUGCGAGGAAUGUGGUGUUGUUUGAUGAGAAAAUGUGUUAAUGCAACGAAAAUGUUUGUUUUAUUAAUUAUGCAUCUUUCUGUGUUUUCAUUUUUUUGUCAUGUAAUUUGCCUAAAACUGGGACCAAGGUCCAAGGUUUGUCUAGUCAUCCUCAGUCUGUUGACUACAUGGUAAGGAGCUUCUAGGUUACAUUUUCCGAA